UCACUGUCUGUGUUCUGGUCUGCCCUGGUGUUCUGGUCUGGUCUCACUGUCUCCUGUGACAGAGACUCAGUCAGACGAGGACUCUCCUCCCUGUGAAACUAAAGCCAGCUGAAUGAGCUGUGUUCCAGUAAAGCUCCACCUCUUCCUGUACACAGAUCUACACUGAGGACAGCACGUGAUGAUCAGAGCAGAGAGCAGGCGGACGGCCAGAGAGACGGUCUACCUGGACAUGGAUCACCUGUUGCUGCUGCUGCUGCUGCUGCUGCUGUGGAGCUCAGGACUCCAGGCUGAAGGACGACACACCUCAACAGAGCCUGAUGAUGUCAGGUUGGUGGGAGGAGCCAGUCGCUGUGCAGGAACACUGGAACUGAAACAUCUGGGAGACUGGACACCAGUGAUUUACUCUGUCUGGACCCUGGAGACAGCAGCUGUUGUCUGUAGAGAUCUGGAUUGUGGUUCUGCUGUUUCUGUAGGACAGAGAGAGGAGUCCUCAGACAGACCUGUGUGGGGGAUCAGCUCUAAAUGUGUUCAGUCUGGAUCUGCUCUGAGGGACUGUGCAUCAUCAUAUCCUCUUCCUUCAUCCUGGAUCUCACCUGCUCAGGUAAGCCCAUCAGUGACAUGA